CUUCUGUUGAUUCCAUCACCAAAGAUCGGCGAAAGAAGAGACAAUUUCGAAGCUUUCGGCGAUGAUGGAACGAACGUACGGCCGCCGCAAACCGGGGAUGCAAAGGACACUUUCCGACUCAUUAAACGACUCUGUUUCGCAGUCGGAAUAUCUCUCUUCUUCUUCGUCUCUGUCACCAGAAAUCGAGCCUUUCUCCGGUUUCCCUUUCUCCAGUCAAGACUCAUCCUCUCUCUGGAAUUCUUCUUCAAGAUCCACUUUCCUGGAUGAUGAUUUCUCUCAGAAUGACGGCGGCGCACGGAGGGCCAAGAGACCCAGAAACGGUGGUGGAGCCUUCGGUUUGACUUCGACUUUGAUGGAAGCGCAGGAGUUUGGCGAAUUGAUUGAGAACGAGGACGAGGUUAAUUUCGCGCUUGAUGGGUUGAAGAAAGGGCAUCAGGUGAGGAUCAGAAGGGCUGCGCUGUCGUCUUUACUGUCGAUUUGCGAAUCCCAGUAUCAGCGACGCUCUUUGAGGGCUCAAGGGAUCUCACAAUCCAUAAUCGAUGCGAUUUUGGGUCUCAGCCUUGAUGACGUACCAAGCAAUCUUGCUGCAGCUACCCUUUUCUUUGUUCUAACCGCUGAUGUUCGAGAUGAUCACUUUAUGGAGUCACCCAACUCCAUCAAGUUUUUGAUAAAGCUAUUGAAACCAGUGGUUUCCGCCAGCACUAAAGGGAAGCCCCGGAACAUAGGAUCUAGGCUCUUAUCAAUAAUCAAGGAUGUUGAUUCAGGACGUGAUGCAGCCAAUACGAAUAAUUCAAGCUCCUGUGAUAUACUGUCCAGAGCUCAUGAAAUCCAUGCUAACUGCAAGGAGUUUAGAUUGAUUGAUAGCUAUAAAACUGAAAAGAUGAGGCCUGAGCUAAGUACGAAAUGGGUUGCUUUGUUGGCGAUAGAGAAGGCGUGCUUGUCCAAAAUCUCUUUCGAUGAUACCUCUGGUACUGUGCAAAAAAAUGGAGGAACGUUCAAGGAGAAACUGCGAGAACUUGGAGGGCUUGAGGCAGUCUUUGACGUUGUUAUGGAAUGUCAAGCCGUAAUGGAGCGCUGGGUAGCAGAGGACACACUGUCUGUCCAGGAUAUAAAAGAUGAACUGAAUAAACAGAGUCUGAUAUUGCUUCUGAAAUGUCUGAAAAUCAUGGAGAAUGCUACGUUCCUCAGCACAGAAAAUCAGAAUCAUUUGCUAGGAUUUAAGAACAGUAUGGGUUCUCAUGGAUCACGACUGUCUUUCACAGAGCUCAUGUUAAGUGUCAUCAAGAUGCUUUCAGGUCUUCAGUUACGUGCUCGCAGGAAUGAAAAGCAUCCUCACCCUCACUCUGCAAAUGGUGUUUAUCGUGAGUCUAUAUCGGGAUCAGAUUGUAAAGUUAACAAGGAGGUUAUGACGAUGAGUUCAGAUACUUGCUCCAUUAGAAGUGGGAGCGUAUCCAAGAGAAAUCAAUCUGCGUUCCUGUUAGAUUCCUCAGCUACACCAGUGUCGGGGUCUCAAUCAAGUGUAACAUCAAUAAAUGAUUCCGGCACGUUCACAAAAAGAGCUGGUUCCAACACUGGGUCGUUUGCAGGCAGAUUAGCCUCAUUGGGUAGUGGCAUUUCCAGAUGCAGUGCAAGGACUAGUCAAGUUAGAGAAUCCAGUUGCAAAAAAGUUAAAAGCUUUGCAUCCUUGGAGGAUAGUCAAGAUCCUUUUUCAUUUGAUUUGGAAGAUUCAGGACCUUCCAAAUGGGCAGUAGUGCUAGGAAAGCAAAAGAAAUCUAAAGCUCAAAAGAGGAAGGGAAGCUACAGAGAUAUUAAAGAUGAACAUUCACAUCAGCUCUUCUCGAGCCAGGAGGAAUCAAACCAUAGAUUAAAUUCUCAGGAAGAAUCAAGCGAUAGAGAUCGCAAUGUAACGGAGGAACCACCAUCUUCAACAUAUGACGUUGAUAAAGAAUGUCUCUGUCUUUUAUCUGAUUGCCUUUUAACAGCCGUGAAGGUUUUAAUGAACUUAACGAAUGAUAAUUCCGUUGGUUGUCGGCAAGUUGCUGCCUGCAGAGGACUGGAGAGCAUGGCGGAAUUAAUUGUUGGACACUUUCCUUCCUUCACCAGAUCUCCUCUUUUCAGUGAGAUGGAAAUGCCGGGGACGUGCAACCAGAAAGAUAAACAUCUCACAGACCAGGAAUUAGAUUUUCUUGUUGCCAUCUUGGGAUUACUUGUGAACUUGGUGGAGAAAGACGGAAUAAACAGGUCAAGGCUUGCGGCAGCUAGUGUUCCGAUCACCAAUCCAGAAGGGUUGCAAGAGAGUGAACAAGACAUGAUUCCUCUGUUAUGUUCGAUCUUUCUCACCAAUCAAGGCGACGCAGAUACCAAAGAAGAAACGAGUACUUUCACUUUGGACGAUGAAGAAGCAGUUUUAGAAAGCGAAAAGGAAGCGGAAAAGAUGAUCGUGGAGGCAUAUUCUGCUCUUCUACUCGCAUUCCUAUCCACAGAAAGUAGAAGUAUACGCAAUGCCAUCAGAGAUUACCUCCCAAAACGCAACCUUGCUAUUCUUGUACCUGUGCUGGAUAGAUUCGUGGCUUUUCAUACAACACUGAACAUGAUCCCUCCAGAGACUCAUAAAGCGGUGAUGGAAGUUAUCGAGUCGUGCAAAUUGCCAUAGAAUAAAAAGACCUUUUUUCAGUGUACAGCUUAUUGCAAAACUCUGGGUUUGCUCCAACACUUAUACGUACGUAGUGAUGACACAAUCAAUGUUCAUGGAUCAAUGUAUAAUAUAGAGAGACACUACAAAUAUAGAGUUUCUUAGUUCUUUUUAGAUGUUUUGUUUCUCUGGUUAGGCUUAGGGUUUAUAACUCAGGCUCCAUUCUUUUGUACUUCUUUUGUUCAGUAUGUGUCUUACGGAGAAAGAACAAAAAAGGGAUUAUACGGAAAUAGAAUGUUUCGUGUGAGCUUUUUUUUUUUGCUUUCUACUUGUGUUUGACAAGAAAACCAUAUCUAUUUAUGUGAUAUAUCUGAAAUUAGUCAAAUUACCAAUAGUACUA